GCCCUGUCAAAUAUCAGCCUCUCACGGGGAGUACGUGACGAUGAUUCUGUUGACCAGCUGCACCACUUUGCAACAGUGGCCAUCUUUGCCACAUUUGCUGCUCUGAUUGGCAUGAACCAGUAUGUGGGAGACCCCAUCCAUUGCUGGGUACCUGCUCAGUUCCCGAAACAUCAUACGGAGUACGCAGAAAAUGUAUGUUGGAUCUCUCAAAUGUAUUAUGUGCCAAUGGAUGAGGAGAUUCCGUUCAUUAAAGACAAGAGAAUGCAUAGAGAUAUCAGCUUCUACCGAUGGGUAGUGGCCAUUUUCUUACUGCAGUGCUUUCUGUUCAAAUUUCCCAACAUGCUAUGGAAGGAACUGCGAGGUUACUCAGGACUUAACGUUCAGAAAAUUGUGAAUAUGGUAGAGGACUUGACAACCUCGCCUCCAGAUAAGAAGGAUAAAGUUGUGUCGGAUAUCUGCAUGUUUAUUCACAAGUGGCUGCAGAGUUACAGAGUGUACAAGUAUAACCUGAUGGUCAAGGUGAAAGAAAAGAUGUCUAGCAUAUUAUGCUUCAUGCUGGGCAAGAGACAGGGCACAUACCUGACCGGCCUGUACCUUUUCAUAAAACUGCUGUAUCUUGUCAAUGUUCUGGGCCAGUUCAUCAUGCUGACUGCAUUCCUCAAGUUCAACUACUGGACCUAUGGCUUGCAAGUGUUGCAGCACCUGGGAGGUAAGUGGGUGGACAUUGACCACUUUCCUCGGGUGGUCAUGUGUGACUUCGAGAUCCGACAGCUGCAGAAUAUCCAGACAUACACACUGCAGUGUGUUCUGAGCAUCAACCUGUUUAUCGAGAAGAUUUUUGCCAUUGCCUGGUUCUGGCUCUUCCUCCUAACUGUUGCUUCUAUCAUCAACUUCGUUAGCUGGCUCUACAACAUCUUUUUCAG